AUGAAAGAGAAACCCAUAUUGUUUGUGUCUCUGUUAGUGGGUCUUCUCCAGUCAGUGUCAGGUUGUAACAAGACUGUGAACCUGACAAAUGAAGCAAUAGUCACAACUCUAAAUGAGAGCUGUUCUUGGACAAUCAAAUCCCCAAACUUGACGACCAUUGUCCUGAAAGUGACCACUCUUCACCUCACUGAUCCCAGAGAUAGUGUACUGGUUCUGAGUGAAGCAGCACUCCUAGCAUCUUAUACAAUAUUGGAUAAAAGUGGAGAUUUUUUGGUGAGCAGUGGGAACAGCCUUGACAUAGAGACGACCUACAACCCUGAGGGUAAAUCACCAAGGAAUGUCACAGUGACCUUAAUGCCCCAAGGGAGUGGAGGAAGAUUCAUUGGUAGUGGGGAGGUGAAGUUAAAUGCCUCGACUCUCCCCCACAAUGACUCUAGUCUGGUCUACUUCCAGCUUCUGGCCUCCUCUGGACAACAAGUCCAGAUCUUACUAAACAAUAGCAACUUUUAUCCUACCACCACAAUAACCUUCUAUGAUGGCAUACAACCAGUCUCUCAGAAUCUUUUAUUGAAACAACGAACAACUGACCAGUUUUUCCCAGUGACCUCCAGAACAGGGUCUUUGCUGAUUGUUGCUGAAAAUUUCCAAAACCAGGAGUUUUUCUCUGGAUUUUUUAAUAGUGUGCCAUCUGGAUGUGAUGAGAUUUUAACGUCCCCUACAUCUGGUUUCCAGCUACUGAGAAGAAACAUAGACACACAAUGUUCUUUAGUGGCAAUUCCUCGAAACACAGUAGGAAUUACUGCCUUUAGAAUUCAAGGACUGAACUUGUGCAAGAAUGAGACAGUAACAAUCUAUGAGGGUCAAAGCAAAUAUGACAAAAGGAUAGCGACCCUCACCAAUCAGAGUGCCCAAGUUUCCCCACUGUUCUAUGUCAGGUCUAACAAAGGGUUUAGAAUGGACGUAGACUCCAUUUAUGCUGAAUGUAGAAAUGAAUCUGUGGAACCUGUUACCUUGGCUGGGAUGUAUACUGCAGAAUCAGAUUGUGGAUGGGCCCUGACAUCCUCGGAUGGGAUGAUAUCCAGUCCGGAGUAUCCUAACUUCUAUCCCCUCAAUUCUAACUGCCGUUGGAGUCUUCCAGUUCCUGAGAAUGGAUCAACUUUAGUUUAUAUUGCCAUGGAUACAGCAAACUUAACUUCUGAUCAUUCUUUGAGUAUUCAGGAUGGUACAGGCCAGGCAUUGUGGGAGUUUAGUGGCAGUGUUUUACCUGUGACAGAUGCAAUCAUCUCCUUAAAUAAAUCCGAGUCAGAACUGGCAAGUCUGGUGUUUGACAGCUCGUCAGCUUCAGGGCAAGGGGUCGGAAAUGUUAGUACAGGAUUCACUGCAAACUAUAUGUUACUCAAAUGUGGAGGAUACCUGAAUUCAUCCAAUGGAAGUUUUGCCAUUCCUGAGGGGAUCCCCAAGGGGGAAUCCUGUAUUUGGAUCAUCAGUCUUCCUAAAUCAGGGGUCGACAACAGCACAAAUAUUAUCAAGUUCAGUUUAUCAGUCCCCAAAAUGACUUCAAACUCGAGCAUAAAAGUGUUAGAUGGAGGAACAUCAAAGUCUAAAGCAUUUCCUUUCAACUCUAAGUCCUCCCAGAGUUAUCUGAGUCGCACUAAUGCAUUGUGGGUGGAAAUGGUAGCUCCAGCCAAGCUCACACUUUCCUACAACACACACAGCUGUUCAACAAAAGACCAGUGUAGAAAUGGAGUGUGUCUUCACCCGGAGUGGAGAUGUGAUGGCGUAGAUGAUUGUGGGGAUAUGACUGAUGAACAGAAUUGUUCUUCCCCUUCUCCUUCCACACAGGGAUUGAAGACGUACAUUGUGGUAAUUAUCGCUCUGAUGUGCCUGGCCUUUGGGGUGGUUCUAACAAUAUUGAUUCCAGCUGUGUACAAGCGGUGCCGUUACCCCAACUACCGUCACCUCCAGGACCUCAUGGAGCCCUCAGUUACAUAAACACCAGUAGGUGGACCUCCAAAAUGGGUUGUACUGUAUCUACCUACACAUUCCAGCACCGAACCUAAUUUUUCAUAUACAUGUAUUGUAGAUACUUUAUAGUCAUUUUGAUGCAGUUUUUCCAUUCUUUUCUAUUCAUGUAUAUAUAUAUAUAUAAAGCUUGGAGGUAGAAGGAAAUUGCAUAUUCUUCAAUAUGUAAUAAUGCUCAUAUUAUUUGUGCCAUCUUAAAUUCAUUUUGUAAAUAUUUCUUGUUGAGAAGAGAUUCAGCCCUGCAUUGAAUGACUGCAGACACCAGUAUUAGGUUCCUGUUUGUGAGAAGGAAAUUCAGUGGUGGAAGAUCAGUUUUCAACAAACUUAAAAACAAUGUAUCAAUGUUACAGGCAAAAUGAGUUUACUAUUUGUUAUUUAAGUUUUUUUUUUUGUUGUAUUAUGAUUUACAACUGAAUUAUGCAAGAUCUGCAAGAUCUAGUCAUACUUUUUAAAAUCUGAUAUAUAUUAAGCAUUAUAUACAGUAGUUUUGAUCUGAAAUUACUUAUGCAUAUGUCAAAUGAUCUGCCAAGGCAUGAUAUUUCAUUGAAGAUUUUUAACUCCCUCUUAAACAGAUCUUAAAAUAGUUUGUACUAAGUAAUAACUGCAAUAAAUGUUUCAUGUAUGUUUUGGAAAAUUUACAAAUGUCAUCAAUCAAUAUUUUGAUGUUUAUUUCAUAUUGGUACAUAUAAGUGUAAGUUCAUUAAUUUCUGCAUAAAAAUACUCAACACUUUGGAGAUUACAAAAAUUAAUUGUGUUAUUUCUAAAGAAGCACUGAGGAAUAAAAUACUUAGAAAGCUUGCAGAAUAAAGAUAAUACCUGUAUAUAUAUCAUAAUUUUAUCUUUGAAGUAGAAUGUUAUAGGUUUUGUAUAGUGUUGCUAAUUUCGUGAUAUUUCAUAAAAAGAAAAAAAAUCACUUAGCUUUUUAAGUGUUGUCAAAAUACUUUUUUUUUAAUUUUUGAAAGAUGUACAUUCAAGUUAAAGUAUUUAUAAGUUUGACCUUAAAUGGCUUAAUCAUUUUUUCUUUAUAUGUUCUUUCUUUAGUUUAAAAGCUACAGAGAUUUUUUUUUUGCUGAGGGAAGGUGGGACGGGGGACACAAAAAUGAAAAAUAAUUAGGAACCUUUAAAAAAAUUUUAUGUAUACAGUCAAACCUGGUUAUCUCAAACUCCAUGGGACCAAGAAAAAACUUAGAGAUAUCCGAUGAUUUAAGAUAUCGAAGGUAAAAUACAUAAAGUAUAAGUAGUUGGGACUUCAAAAUCACUUAGACAUAUCCAUGGUAUUCGAGAUACCACUGUUUGAGAUACCAAAGUUCAACUGUAGUUGCUUUAUGCAUAUUUUUAAGCAUUUUUUUUUUGGCUGUAUAGUUUAUUCAUGAUGGCAGGAUGAAAUGAUGAUGUUAUUUCUCUAGUCAUGUUUCAGUGUUAGCCAAGCUGCAAUGUACAAGAGAUUGAAAUCAAAAUAUACAGUAUGUUGGUUAUUUUGACUUCCUAAAUGAUUUACGAAAGUUGAAAUGUUUCAAAAUACUAGUGGAUAUUUUUGUAAGGACUGAAUAUUUUUGUAAGAAAAAAAGAUAAGAGAGUUAAGUUGUAUAAAUUUUAGAAUGAUAUUGUUUAUGAAUAUUGUUUUGGUUACAAUUUGUUGAACAAUUUUUGACAGAUUUUAUAAAUUAAGGCAUAGAAAUGUUAACUUACUUGCAAAAGCAUCUUCUAACAAUUGAUGUGGAAGCAUUUGAAUUCUUUUGCCCAUUGUCUAAUGUACAUUUAGCAAUUUACCGUGGAAGCAUUUGAAUUUUUAUGCUCAGUGGAAGCAUAUGAAUUCCUAUGCAGAAUGUUUCAAUGUAGAUUUUUUGCUCCUUUCUGGAUACAUGAUGUAUAAUUUUUAAGAUGACCUCUAAAGGUUUUGAGGUCAAAAGGUCAGAAAUUCAAGUAAUGCAGAUAUUGGAUUCCAGAUGAUAAUUAGUUUUCUGUAAGUUUUUGCUAUGAAACUCAUGAAUUUCUCUAACUGUCCAAAAGCUGAAAGCUCAAGGUCGAUCUUUUUUUCUUUCUAUUCUGCAUUUUUAGAGGUCUUCCUUUCUGUUCUUUUUACCUGAAGCAGGGGACACAAAUUCCCUGAAUUAUCUUUUGACCAUCAUUUACUUGUUUUCAUUAGUAAUUAAGAUUUUUAAUUUUUUUUCCCCAUUGUUCUGUUGUUAGUCUUCAUAUAAUCUACCCCUAGGUAUAAAUAAAUCCAGUCUAUUCACUUUUGUUAUCCACGCAUGACUGCAUCUAUCUAUAUGUGUAAAUUUAUAUUAUCGCAUAAUUUUAUGAAUUUCAGAGUUGUUUGUAUGUGAUUUCAGAUCGUUAUCCUUUUCUGUUACUUGCAGAAUGUAGAUGUUCAAACUUUUUAUUCAUAAACAGUGCUUCAGUGUAAUCUGUUCUACAAAUUUUCUCUCUUUUAAUUUGGUUUAUUUAUUUAUUUUUUUAAUUUUUUUUUGGCUGUUGUUGGAUAUUUCAUUGGGGUGGUGGGUGAAAAUGUUCAUUAAUAAUUGUGUUAAAAACAGAAAAAAAAACAGAACCAGAAGUCUCUAAUGAGACUGUAGCUCUACUGGUUUGUACUUAUAACAAAGGAAAAGUAGUAACACUUGGACUUGAAACUUUGGAACAGCAAUAAAUAGAAUAAUGAUCCUUG